AUGGAGCUGUACAGUCCCAACAUGAGCGAGAGCGGGACCUCCCUCUGCCAGGUGAAGCAGCUUCCAAGCAACAGCGUAUCCCUUUGCCGCCUUCAGGCGGGAGGACAGACCCUGCGCAACCUUUCCCCUUGCUCCCGCUCAUCUCGGUUGGACCGCACGCCCCCGGCCUUGCGGCACCGGCCCAAUGGAGCCGCGGCAUCUCGCUGUGGUGGGGCCUGCCAAGUGGACCGGAGGGGCUCCUCUGCUGGGAAGGUGCUGGUGACCGGAGGUGGGGGAUACUUUGGCUUCAGGCUUGGGAGGGCGCUGGCUGCCCAGGGGAUGGCUGUAAUCCUCCUGGAUAUGAACAAACCUUCGUGGGACAUCCCUGAUGGGGCGCUCUUCUUUCAGAGCGACAUCCGGGAUUAUUCGUCCCUUUUUGACAUUUGCAACGGCGUUGACUGCGUGUUUCACGCAGCAUCUUAUGGCAUGUCAGGGCCAGAACAGUUAAGAAAAGAACAAGUGGAGUCAGUCAAUGUUGACGGGACCAAUAACGUUAUAAAGGUGUGCAAAGAAAGGAGCAUCACCCGGCUUGUGUACACCAGCACCACCAACGCAGUAUUCACAGGGGAGCCCAUUGAGGAUGGAGAUGAGGAUUCAGUCCCCUGCGUGGCCCCCGAUAUGCAUAUUGAUCAUUACUCCAGAACCAAAGCUAUUGCUGAGCAGAUGAUCCUCUCUGCCAACGGAUGCCACCUCAAAGGUGGGGACUUACUGAAAACUUGUGUCUUACGGCCUUGCGGCAUCUACGGCCCUGAAGAGCGCCGACACCUACACAGAGUGAUGGUGAACGUGGAGCGUCGUUUGUUCAGUUUCCGAUUUGGAGAUCGGCAAGCCCGGAUGAACUGGGUCCACGUAGAUAACCUGGUGCUGGCUCACAUGCUUGCCGCAGAGGCUCUCACCAGCCACAAGAACAAUAUCGCUAGUGGACAGGCCUAUUUCAUCAACGAUGGACUUUCAGUAAACCUCUUUGAGUGGUUAACACCUAUAUUUGAAAGAUUAGGCUACAGCAGACCUGUGAUAAUUCUGCCUGUUUCUGUCGUCUAUUCAGCAGCCAUCCUGGUGGAAUAUUUGCACAUAUUUCUCAGACCUGUGAUAGAGGUGCCACUCCUGUUCACCAGAAGUGAAGUGAGGAACAUAGCAGUAAGCCACACUUUCAAGAUAGACAAGGCCCGCAGAGAACUGGGGUUCUGCCCUAAAUCCUACAGCUUGGCCGAUUCUGUGGAGCAGUACCUCAAAUCCCGACAGGCCGCUUUGGGUUCACCUCAACUGCGCAGACAACCUGUGAUGGUGCUGGUGAUGCUAUUGGCUGCGGGUGUGCUGCUAAUCGUGUUGGGUGGCAUGCUUUGGAAAAAGCGCCCUGGUUGA